AUGGAGCAGAUGCGGACGGAAAGACGGGCGGCGGAGAGGGAAGCGGAGCGGAGGGGGAGGGAGGUGCGGAGGCUCGAAGAGCGGGUGGAGAGUGGGGAGAGGGAGAGGCGGGUUCUGAUGGGGGAGGUAGAACUGGUGAAGGCGCAACUGCGAAAGGUGAGAGUGAUGGUGGGGGAAGAGGGAGGGGUGGUGAACCGUGGGCAAGAGAGGAUCGAGGGUGAGGGGGUGGGAAGAGAGAGUGUGGAUGGUUUGGGGGGUGGAGAGGAGUGGGGAAGCGAGUUAGCAGCAAUUGACGGGUUUGGUCAAAGGGUGGGGGUAGGCGGGGAGAAGAAGAGGGCGAAAAAUGAGGAGAGGAAGCGUGGGAGGGAGGAGGAUGAGGAGAAAAAGCAUAGGGGGGCGGGAAAUGAGGAGGUUAGGUACAGGAAGGCAGGGAAUCAGGAGGGGAGGCUUGGGACGGAGGAUGAGGUGGAUAGGGGCAGAAGGGAGGAGAAUGAGGAGGAUAGGCAUAGGAGGGCGGGGAAUGAGGAAGCCAGGUCGCAGAGGGUUAACAGCUGCUUUUCGGUUUUGGGACGUUUCACGGCUGUGGAGAAUUCGAAGGAGGAGGGUAGUAGAGGCGGCAGCAGCGGUGGGGUGGAGCGGGAGCAACCGAGUGAUUACUGUCCACAACAGAGUGCCCAAAGCAGCUCUCGCAGUGAAGGCAGAGGCGGAAGCAGCAGCAGCAGUAGGGUUGAGCGCGAGCAUCUGAGGGAUCACCUGUGGCAGCACGCUGCUGAGAGCAGCUCUUGCAAUGCAGGCAGAGGCGGCGGCAGCAGCAGCAGCGGCAGCAGCAGCAGCAGCAGCAGCAGCAGCAGCAGCGGCGGGGUGCAGCAGGAGCUGUUAAUUGAUUAUCACAAUCGGCAGAGCACUGAGAGCAGCUCUUGCAGUGCAGGCAGGGGGAGUAGCGGCGGUGUGGAGCAGGAGCAUCGGACACUAGCAGCGGAGAGGGCGCAUGCAGUGAGGGAGGGCGGUGCAGCAGAAGCAGCCGUGGCAGGGCUGUCCCGCCAGCUGGCGGUCCAGCUGGCACGCUUGGAUAGGGUGAGCAGAUCGCUUGUGGGGGUUGGGGAGUGGGGCGGCACCCCGGUGGUUGCGGCAGGAUUUGAUAUGCGGGCGGCAGAAGGAAUGGAGGGAGAUAGGAGAUGGGGCUUGAUAGACGGCUCUGAGUUGCCACGAGGAAGCACCGAUAGUGCAGGGCGUGUUGGUGCUUCAGAUGAUGCUUCAGGUGCUGCUUCAGGUGCUUCUUCAGAUGCUCGUGAUGCAGAUGGCAACGCCAUAAAGCCUUCCGUUGGUGCAAGGGAAAGCACCUCCACUGCCCGUGAUGCCACACAUGCACCAACAAUCAACCCUUAUGCUGCCAAUGCCCUGGCAGUCACUGGUACAUCUGAUUCUCCUCAUUCUCCUAAGAUCUUGCCAACCAAUGCACCGCAAUCGCUCACAGCCUCCCGCUCUCCCCACACCUCCUGCACUCCUCAUCCCUCUCCUACUCCUCUCUCUUCCACCCCUGCUCACUCUCCCACCCCUGCUCACUCUCCCACCCCUGCUCUCUCUUCCACCCUCCUUCUCUCUCCCACCUCCACUCCUCCUCUCUCUCCCACCUCCCUCUCCCCUCGCACUCCACCCUCUCAAGACUCCAAUGGCUCCCCUCCUCUCUUCCACAGCUCCUCCUCCCACCUCCUCCCACCCGCUCCUCCUCUUUUCCCCACCCCCACCACUCCGUCCGCCUUUCUCUCCCAGCUCUUCGCAUUUGGUCCCAUCCGUCACGCGCCCCUCUCUUCCCUUCCACAGCCCCCUGUCCAUUCCACCUCCUCUGAUCCCUCUUUUCCACUCUCUGCCUUCAAUGCCCCUCUGUUGCACCCCCCUCUCUCACACCGUCCCCUGGCGCACCCGGCUCCCCUGCGCCGCCUCCGGUCGGCUGGUCUUCCAGCUAGAGCCAAAGGUAGGCGCCAGGGAGCAUGGGGGGCGGUGGAGAGGGUGCAAGGGGGAAUGGGAUAUGGUGGGGCAGACGAGUCAGCAGCUGCAGAAGGAGCAGGAGGAGGAGCAGGAGGAGGAGCAGGAGGAGGAGGAGCAGAAGCCAUGGCACAAGCAUCAAGGAAAGUCGAGCGUCAGAGAUCCGCCCCAAAGUCCCCGUUACAAGUACUCUCACAAAGAGGAGAAUGGGUAGGAGCACUGGUGGUGAGAGGAGGAGAGCAGGGAACACUGCUGGUACCAGAGCAGCCUUUAGUGAAGCAGGGAAGUGUGACACUAGCAGGUGGAAUCAGGGGAGCUGCACAGCUGGAGGUUUUUGAUUGGCUGUCUGAGCUGGCGGAUGACUCUCUGUCAGAUGAAGAGGAGCAAGUAUUCUAG